AUGAGGACGGACUUGUUGGCCACAGGGGCUCUACUGUUGGGCCGUUGUCUGGUUUAUGCAAGAACAGUCUUUGCUCACUUUAUGGUAUUGGCCCCUAAUACCGUGACUUCAUUCAUAUUGCCAACUCAAUUGGAGGUAACAAACACUGCCAACUGGACUUCGUCGCAAUGGAAAUCCGAUAUUCCUGCAGCCAAGACUGCUCACAUCGACGUCUUUGCUCUGAACAUAGCCGUGGGGGAUGCAGCAAACAGCAAGGCUCUUCCUAUGGCCUUUUCAGCUGCUGACUCUCUCAGAUUCAAACUCUUUUUUUCCUUUGACUAUGCUAGAAAUGGCCCGUGGUCUAAAUCCAUGGUCAUCUCUAUACACCACCAUGAUGGAAAACCCUUUGUCUCCACGUUUGAAGGCCCUGCGAACUCUGAUGGCUGGAUCAAAAUCAAGUCAGAGACCGGCUGCUUCUUCAUUCCAGACUGGUCAUCCCUUGGGUCUAAGGCAGCUAUUGAGCUAGGUACUGCCGAUGGUCUUUUCAACUGGGCUUCAUGGCCCUGGGGUGACUGGGACAUGAACACAUAUACCGACGCAUCUUGCCUGGACUAUCUCGACGGCGUGCCUUACAUGAUGCCUGCAUUUCCAUGGUUCUACACCAACCCCCCAGGAUACGACAAGAACUUGACCACUUGUGGUACGAUCGCUGGCAGGAAAUCAUGUCGCUCAAACGUCUUCCUGACUUUGUGCAAAUUAUCUUUGCAAUGA